AUGGGCCGCUGGAGGUUGAGGCGUCAGGAGAGGAGAGGCGGCGGUCGGAGGCUGGCCAGGAGAAGAGGGAGACAGGGCUACAGUGGAGGAGCAACUGCGAGGGCUGAGGGUGGACGCCGAGCUAUGACGAACCGGAAGGGAAUGGGCGACGCUCGGAUGCAGGCUGAGGAAGAGGAGCAGCUUGUGCAGGUGGUGGUGUACUGGAUAAGAAGGGGAGAAGAUAAAGAAAGAAAGGGAAAAAGAGAGAAAAACAAAAGAAAAACAUUCCUGGGGAAUAACCCAACACCAUUUUCUCCUAAUAUGAAAUGCACGUAUGCACAGUAUGCAACUGUUCUUGGAAAUCUGCACCCAUUUGCCUCUACUGAUCAGGCUGUAGGGUACCAUGAAAUGUUUGACGACCUGGGCAACCUGUUAUGCACGAUCACUGGUUUUGAUUCUCUCUUUGCAACCAAAUGCUGGUGCUGCAGGAGAUCAAGAGGAGACCACCACCGUGAUGUCUGCAUCAUUCCUGUCUCAGCACACGGCACAAAUCCUGCAAGUGCUGCUAGGGUUGGAAUGAAGAUUGUUGCUGUUGGAACUGAUUCCAAGGGUAACAUAAACAUCGAGGAAUUGAGGAAAGCUGCAGAAGCAAACAAGGACAACUUGGCUGCUCUGAUGGUUACCUACCCUUCAACUCACGGAGUCUAUGAAGAAGGCGUUGAUGAGAUCUGCAGGAUCAUUCAUGAAAAUGGCGGACAGGUCUACAUGGACGGGGCUAACAUGAAUGCUCAGGUUGGGUUAACAAGCCCUGGUUUUAUUGGAGCUGAUGUUUGUCACCUUAACCUUCACAAGACAUUUUGCAUUCCACAUGGUGGAGGUGGUCCCGGCAUGGAUCCUAUUGGGGUUAAGAAGCAUUUGGCACCGUUUUUACCAUCUCACCCAGUGGUAGGUUCCCUUAAUUCUUUAUCUUCUCGUUUGUCAAUCCGUAAAAAUUCAUAUUCCAAUCUGAGGCAUAUAUUCAUAUUUGAGGCAUAUUAG